GCCAAUCACAAUUCAGCUGCUGCGUGCGCUGUCAGCCGUUGGGCUAUUUUAAAGUUCGUGUUUUACGCGGAAAACAGCCUAUAUCGCUCUUUUUUUUUUGCCGAACUUCCAAGCGCGUUUGGGUAAAAUGGGAAGCGAAAAUGACGCCAAAGGAGACGCAAAGACCAAGCAAAAAGGGACGACGCUGAAACGGCUGAGUGACCGUAAGAGCUCCGCUUCCGGUGGAGAUGUGAUGAAGAACAGUCUGAAGUCAGCGAAGUCCAAAGAGAAGAAGAGCUCUGCCGGGUCCUCUAAGAAGGUGAAGACACCUGAGGUGGAGAGCCUGGAGCCGGUCAGCAGUUCCAGUGACUUGGUGAAAUCAGAGCCGCCGGAUCAAGACUUCACUGCAAAGAAAAAAGGUUUGAAGAGGAAGAGGGUGAAAGAAGAGCCGGCGGAAGAAUCUGCACAAUUAGCCGUAUCCUCUACCUUACCGGUGCAGCGGAGAAAAAGGCACCUUAGCGAUGAAGAAGAGGAUGAAGGGGAAGCUGAGAAGAGAAAGGCCCAGAAGAAAAGGGAGAAGAAGACGGUCAAGAAAGAGGAAGCAGAGCAUCCAGUGUCCAAAAGAGCCAAGAAGACGAGGGAAGAGAUAGAAGAAGCCAGACGGCUGAAGAUAAAAAAGAAGGAAGAGGAGGAGCAGAACCGCUGGAGAUGGUGGGAGGAAGAGAAGUAUGAAGAUGGAGUCAAAUGGAAGUUCCUGGAACACAAAGGGCCCUACUUCCCUCCUGAGUACCAGCCUCUCCCCGACAGCGUUAACUUCUUCUAUAAAGGUCCGCUCAGAGCAGUUAUCAUCAUUACAGGCCAGCGAGCUUUUCUCCUGCUGAGAGGCUGCAGACCUGGAGAGAAGGUGAAGCUGAGCCCGGCCGCCGAGGAGGUGGCAGUUUUCUUCGCCCAGAUGCUGGACCACGAAUACACAACCAAGAAGGUGUUCCGUGAGAACUUCUUCAAAGACUGGAGGAAGGAAAUGACUCCUGACGAGAGGUCCCUGAUUAAAGACCUUGAGAAGUGUGACUUCAGUGAAAUUCACGCCAUGCACAAAGCCAAGGUGGAAGCCAGGAAGAACCUGAGCAAAGAGGAGAAACAGGCUCUAAAAGAAGCCAAUCAGAAAAUAGUGGAUGAAUAUGGCUACUGCCUGCUGGAUCACCACAGAGAGCGGAUCGGGAACUUUAAGAUCGAGCCUCCAGGUCUGUUCCGGGGACGAGGCGAGCAUCCCAAGCAGGGCAUGCUGAAGAAACGCAUCCAGCCUGAAGACGUCAUCAUCAACUGUGGCAAAGACUCCAGCACACCGCUGCCACCUGCUGGUCACCACUGGAAGGAAGUCCGACAUGACAACACCGUGACGUGGCUGGCCAGCUGGACGGAAAACAUCCAGGGCUCCAUUAAAUACAUUAUGCUGAAUGCUAACUCCAAGCUGAAGGGAGAGAAGGACUGGGAGAAAUACGAGGUGGCGCGGAAGCUGAAGUCCUGCGUGGAGAGCAUCCGUAACGAGUACCUCCAGGACCUCCGGUCCAGACAGAUGGUCACCAGGCAGAGAGCCGUGGCUCUGUACUUCAUAGACAAGCUGGCCCUGAGGGCUGGAAACGAGAAGGAGGAGGGAGAGACGGCCGACACGGUUGGCUGCUGCUCGCUGCGCGUCGAGCACAUCACGCUACACGAGCAGCUGGAUGGGAACGAGUGCGUGGUGGAGUUCGACUUCCUGGGCAAAGACUCCAUUCGCUACUACAACAAGGUCCCCGUCAUCAAGAAGGUUUUUAAGAACCUUAAACUGUUCAUGGAGAACAAGGAGCCUGGAGAUGAACUCUUUGAUCGUCUGAACACGGCCCUGCUGAACAAACAUCUGAGCUCUCUGAUGCCUGGCCUCACUGCGAAGGUCUUCAGGACGUAUAACGCCUCCAUCACCCUGCAGCAGCAGCUCAAAGAGCUCACCAACAAGUCGGACAACGUGGCAGAGAAGCUGCUGUCCUACAACAGGGCAAACCGAGCCGUCGCCAUUCUCUGUAACCACCAGCGGGCGGCGCCAAAGACCUUUGAGCAGUCGAUGGCCAACCUUCAGGCCAAGAUCGACGCCAGAAAGGAGCAGCUGGCUCUGGCCAAGACGGAACUGAAACAGGCCAAGAAGGAGGCGAAGAGCAAAGGGGACCCCAAGCUGCAGAGCCUGGUGGAGAGGAAGAAGGCAGCGGUGAAGCGCUGUGAGGAGCAGCUGCUGAAGAUGGAGGUCCAGGCCACAGACAGAGAGGAGAACAAGCAGAUCGCUCUCGGUACCUCCAAGCUCAACUACCUGGACCCUCGCAUCAGCGUGGCCUGGUGUAAGAACAUGGAUGUGCCGAUAGAGAAGAUCUACAAUAAAACCCAACGGGAGAAGUUUGCCUGGGCCAUCGACAUGACGGAGGCCGACUUUGAGUUCUAGCUUUAAAGCCGGACGAGGAAACGGACCUGAAGAACCGGUUCUGUAAAAUCCCGGUUCUAGCACGUUAAGUGGCUCUAUAAUUAAUUUGUUUGCUGUUGGUUGUUUGGAUUCGUGUCAAUAAAGGUUUCUGCUGUAGAUCAAAGCCUCGUAGAUAAUUUAACGUCGUCGUUGGAAAAUGUUUCAUUUCUCAGAUGAAACAGAAUCUGACGGAAACGGGCCGGUGCUGCUGGGUCCGA